UGUGUUUACACUGGAUUCUGCCCUUUCCAAUAUGGCGGCGGCUGUAACAUAGAGACUGUAGCUAGGGAAGGCGGAUAAUGCGGUUUUCAUGUCUUUGGGCAUGUGUUUAGACAUGUCUUGAACUCGUGAUUAUAGUGCAGCUGGCUGCAAAAUCAGGAUGUGCUUGUUUUUUGAGACGAGUUUCGAGUCGAGCCGAGUAGAAUACAGAAAUGCUACUCGUGUGAUUAGUUCCUGAACGGUUAGUUGUCACAAAUGGGAAUUUGAACUACAGUCAAUUUGCCGUCUCAUCUCAGCAAGCAUGUUCGUGUUUCUCCUGUUAUUCCUCCUGCAGCCAGCAGAGGGCGCCAACACCACAAUCUCCUGUAUAGACGACCAGGGAAACGCAGUUGACUGGUUCUACCUUUACAAACUGCCACAUCCUCAUGAGGAGCCCCCUGAGGAAGGUCUGAAGUACCUGCUGCUGGAGGAGCAGAGCGAGGGCUGGACGGAGGGCGGAGGUCUGGUGGGAGACGUCACGGGGGCUUUAGGCCGGAGCCUCGGGCCGCUGUACGAGGAGGGUGAGCUGGGGUACAUCCUGUACAACGAUCAGCCCCCAGAACAGCGGCAUGUGGACGAUGCAAACAGAAGUGGAGGACACACCAAAGGUGGGGUCCUGUUCAACAGCAGACAGGGCUUCUGGCUGGUCCACAGCACUCCUCAUUUCCCGCCUCCCAAAACCGAGGGCAAGUUCUCGUACCCCAGCUCAGGCAUCAACAACGGGCAGAACUUCAUCUGCGUCACUUAUCCUCUGGAGCGCUUCGACACCAUCGGUGAACAGUUAACAAUAAAUCAGCCACACAUCUAUGACUGUGACAUUCCCAAGUCCCUGGCCUCCUCCGUGCCCACCAUGGCUGAGCUCUGUAAACACCGGCAUGGGCGGAGAAACUCCAGCGUCACAGACGGUUCCUUCUCCUCGCCUAAUCGCAGCGUCUCUCUGCUCUCACUGGCUGGGACAGAGUUCAUCAGCUUCGCGAAAGGAGCUUCUUUUGAGAACGACCUAUACCAUGGCUGGGUGGCUCCCACGCUGCAGACGGACCUGCUGGUGCAGUUCUGGCGUCGCUCCACCGGCGUCCUCCAGUCCGACUGCUCCUCCAGGUGGAAGGUUCUGGACGUGAACCUGCUGUCUCCGGGCGGCCGGGUCACCUUCAAAGCAACGGAGGAUCACUCCAAGUGGGCGGUGAGCGCGGGAGGAGGACGCGGACUGAGGGGCGGGGCCUGGGUGUGCGUGGGGGACAUUAACAGGAACCAGGCGGAGGAGAAGCGAGGGGGCGGGACCGUGUGCCGGCAGGAUGUUGCCGUGUGGAAGGCGUAUCGUGCGGCGGCGCUGAAGUGCGAGUCCUGUACGGGCGAGGAGGAGGAGUGCGAGACCGCACGGCUUUACCGCUGACAUCCGGACACGUUGGGGUUGUACAUGUUUCGUUAAAAAUAAAAAAUUACUAUUCCGUCAAUCAAAACGAUCUUUAAUAAUACUUGUAAAAAUAGGAGUUCAGUACGUUAACGUCAUGGCUUGUAGUUCAGCGGCUUGAGAGUUUGAGCCGGUUUAAAAUUUUCAUGCCUUAAACGAGACUUUAAUCAGAGCGACUUCAGGACGUUCAGAUAAUUACCUAGAGCGCGUCCUCACCGGGGAUUCUUUUUUUUUUUUUUUUUUUUUUUACUUUUAAUGGGUGCAUUAAAAAAUUUUCAGCCAAGAGGGGGUGCAAACUUUUGCGCUUAAUGGUACAUUGGGGGAAAAGCGCAUUAAUGAGGUACGUCGCAGUGCUAGACGAUAAUUUCAUUUGUUUUAUGGAUAUUAUUAUUUUUAUUCUUAUAUAUAUUCAUAUCGUCUGUAGUAGUUGCUAUUGUUCAGUUCUCUUAAAAUGUAUAAAAGAUCAAAAUACAUUUAAAUAUGUGCACUAUAACUUAAUAAUAAUAAUAAUAAUAAUAAUAAUAAUAUUAUAUCCCCUCUCCAAAAAUUAUUGACAUGUAAUUGAGGUUGUUUUUAGUGCUCGAUCGGCCAGCACUAGUCAACAGUACACGUAAAUAGUAAUAAACAGAUGUAUAACUCACAAUUUUUUUGCUUUUAUUUAGCAAAAAUGUUUCUGCUGUGCUAAUCAUAUAUGCACUCUGCUUAUUAGUCUGGACGCUGGAGCUCUGCGACGGUCGUUUCUCAGGGUGCUGACCCUUUUAAAAUCUUUCUCAUUUGAACCGAUGUCGAAACGUUUCGUGUGUCAUGUGAUCAGGAUUAUCAUAAGCAGUAUUGUUGAUGGGGUUAAUGAUGCAGUAUUAAUAAAAAAAUGUAAAGUGGAAACCGCUGAAAUCACUGAAUGUCUUCUUAAGUACCGUCCUGAUAACAUUUAAAGAUGCCUGGUUUUUUUAGUUUGUGCUUUUUUUUAAAAAAUUAUUUUGGUCACUAAAAGUCUUCAGGACCCGCCU